AAGGGGUCAAUAUCAAGGCGUGCUGCUGGGAGUUGCUGAGAAAACAAAAAAGUUGGUUUAAAAGAACUAGAAGGGAACUCCGUGGUGUAUAUAACCAACCAGCCGCCAGCGAUACGGUUACCCCGUUUGUGCCAAAAAGAAACGCCGUCAACCGCGUUCCGUGAGUGGGCCUCUGGUCGCCGUGCUCAUCGCGCCAAUCAAUCUCCGCCAAUCUCCGAAACUCUCGGCACAAACCCUCGUAUCUUCCUCAACUCCACGACACGCACGCAAGUGAUUCAACCAUCAGUUUCCAGCGUCACCGCGCCAAUCAAACAAAAUCAGCACGGGAAGAUAGAAAGCGGGCAAAAUGGCCAUCAAAGGUUGCUGCUCGGUGGUGAAGUACCUGGUGGUACUAGUGAACCUGCUGUUCCUGGUUGUCGGUUUGCUAAUCGUCUCGCUUGCCAUCUGGAUGCUGUCCGACCCGACGUUCCUGAUUUCGAUGACGCAGAAUGAGACACACUACACGAUCGGCCUGUACAUAUUUCUGGCCGUCGGUGGGCUCAUGCUGGUGGUCGCCUUCCUCGGUUGCUGCGGCGCCUUUAAGGAAUCACAAUGGAUGCUCACUUCCUUCUUCUGCUGCUUGCUCAUGGUGCUGGUAGCGGAACUGGCCGCCGGAUUUUGGGCCUUCCAAAACUCCACCAAGCUGGACGAUGUGGUGCGCUCGGCGGUGAAGGAUUCGGUGCAGACACAGUACGGUGUAAUUCCCGCUCGUACCGCUACACUGGACGCUAUUCAGAAGCACUACCAAUGUUGCGGUGCUGAAGGUCCGAACGAUUGGCAGUCCAGCGCCUACAAUAACGUGGAAAGACCGACACCCAGCAUUGAGCUCGGUAAGCUACCGAUAAGCUACAACGUGCCAGAGACGUGCUGUAGCUCGUACAUCUCACCCGAAGAAUGCAAGGCUGCCCGCCGAAUGGAAUAUGCGACUACACUCAAACCGGCCAACAUAUUCGCCGAUGGCUGCAUGGAGAAGCUGGUCGACGCGAUUCGGAAAAACAUGAAAACAAUCAGCUACGUAGGGGCUGCGAUCGUUUGCAUUGAGCUGUUGACGCUGAUCCUGUCUCUGCUGCUAUGCUGUGCAAUUCGCCGAAACGACAACUAUAAACACUGAACGGAUAUGAGCUUCCUGCUACCAUCGUGCGUGCCUGGUCAUUCUUAUACGCUCCAUUUAUUCUCCGGUGCGUAAGAACGGUUCCACGGAUGUAUUACAGCCAACUCAUUCGAAUCUUAUUUACUUAACGAAUCUUACGAUGUAGAUUUUCUAACGUAACAACAAGGCCAUGACAAUGUGUUUGUUUUAACUAAUCAUUAGGAUAAUGAUAUACUCUUUUUGUUAACAUCCAUAUCCAUAUACAAGCGUAUUAUUUUAAUUCUUUAACACAUCAUUCAGCAUAUUCCUAAGUAGAAUGAACGAAUGGUGCACGCCAAAGCCAAAUAUGAGAAUGCAUAUAAUCGAUAUUGAAAAGAAAACAAUUGAAAGCUCACCGGAAAAUGGACUGCCAGACAGUUUGUAAAACCAAUUAUUUAUAGUACUAUUACACGGCAUUUAGUGAAUCGCAUAAAAGAAACGCGCAUAUCAUUUUUUUAUUAUUAAGGUUUACCCUUUUAUUUUAGUAUUUUAGCGAGGUGCUAUCUAGUUGAUACCGAUCUAUCUAUGCCUAAAAAAUGUUCUCUUUUGGGACAGUUCACAGAGAACAGCCUGGCAUAUGAGGUAGCUCUGUAGGCACUGUCGCAAGCGGGUGCCAAGCAUAAAGCCUAACAGCACUUUGCAAUGGCAAAAAAGAAGAUGCACACAAACCGACAAAUGACUUAAGAAACAGCUUCUUGUUUUCAGUAAAGCAUAAAGAUGAAAUAAAUAUAUGUCUACUCCUAACAUAAAAUUUUCAUAAAAAAUCAACGAAAAAAUUGAGAAAUGGGCUACAAUCCUGACUUGUUUUUUUGAUGUCAAACGUAGAACGCCGCAAGUGAUCUUGAAAGUGUUGGGAAACCCAGCAAGAAACGUUUAAAGUUACGUAGUUGUAUGUAGAAUCCGUGAUAAAUCCACGAUAGAACAUGAGCAUUUUGCCCAAAAUAUGUUCUUUAGAGUCGAUUAAUCU